CCGCUGUCGAAUUUCAACCUCUAUACCUAUAGUGUAGUGGUGUAGUGGACAAUGUACAUAAGAGGUGCUUGUCUGUGGAGCCGUGGCAGUUGAGCUUCAAAUUCUGAACUCUUCUUUGAGCCGCCGAGAGCCAGUCACAGACCCCGGUGUGUUGUCGGGUACACAGGUCAACGUGCCGGUUGCAUGAAGGCCUGGAAACCUGUUCAUCAGGCCGGGUCGGGUUCGAUUUGCCCGGGUGCAGGCGCGACGACAACGCAUCAAGGGAACUGCCCCCUUUGAGCGAGGUUUUAAACUUUUGACGACCAAGUGAAAGUGGGGACGUGGAAUUUGACCCGAGGGGACCAUGGACCGACCCCUCCCUCUCCCUCACUGUGUCGAGUGAAUGGGUGUUUGCAACGCUUUGGAUUCUGGAAGCGCGCCCCCCCUCCCCGGGUUAUAGAUUUUUGGCAUCCACAUCGACGUCCGCAUCCACAUCCACACUCACCAUCGAGGCGCCGCGACAACUACUGAGGGCAUCCCUCAUCGCUUCAGGUUUCGAGCUGUCUGUGUGCUGCCUUGAACUCGUUGUACGUAUUGGCUGCACUUGGAUAGAUCAUUGAUCGCCUCGUGCCUUGUCCCGCCAGUCAGCCAGCAACAGGCAACACAAGUUUCGGUUGUAAACUCUUUUCCUGUCCUGAAGCCGAUCCGAUUGAUCCAAACCACCUGCCCGACUCGGUUUCUGUCGCCAGCCUCUUCUCCUGCCACCCGCCCGCACAGCCGCCAACCACCACCUAGCACUCGUCUUGUAUUUACCCAUUUUGUGAAUCGACGAGACCAUCGACCCUCAGAUAAACCCGGGAGCCCACUUGCCCCCAUACACCCACCCGGUCCCGUGCGACCGCCCGAAUCGUGACCUCGUCCUGCCCGACCUCGGGCCCGUUUUCACACUUCCGUCUUGCGCUCAACUCCCGCUUCCGCCCACCUUACCGCUUGCGUUUGCGCUUUCUAAACGCGACUGAUUUUCUCGGCUUUUUCCCCCCGCUCAACCGUCAUCAUGGCUGCCCUCGGUGACGAUCUGCUGGGCGUUGUCAACAAGUUGCAAGACUUGGUCUUCAACACCAUCGGCAACGAUUCCCUGGAUCUGCCCCAAAUCGUUGUCGUUGGAUCCCAGUCCGCUGGAAAGUCGUCCGUCCUCGAGAACAUUGUCGGUCGCGACUUUCUUCCCCGCGGCAGUGGAAUCGUUACUCGGAGACCCCUCAUUCUUCAGCUAAUAAACGUCCCCGCCGACGACGACGCCGAAGAUGCAACCCAUCCCAGCUACAGGAACCCCAAUGCUGCUGGCCGCAACGAGUGGGCAGAGUUUCACCACAUUCCCAAUCGGAGGUUCACCGAUUUUGGCGACGUCAAGCGCGAAAUCGAGAAUGAGACCGCGCGAGUUGCGGGUACCAACAAGGGAAUUAACCGCCAGCCCAUCAACCUAAAGAUUUUCUCUCCCCACGUUUUGAACCUAACGCUCGUUGAUUUGCCUGGUCUCACAAAGGUUCCCAUUGGAGACCAGCCUACAGACAUAGAGAAGCAGACGCGCAACCUCAUCUCCGAGUACAUUGCAAAGCCCAACAGUAUUGUCUUGGCUGUCUCGCCUGCUAACGUCGACAUUGUGAACUCGGAGGCCUUGAAGCUUGCCAGGCAUGUCGAUCCCAUGGGUAGGAGGACCAUUGGUGUUCUCACAAAAGUCGAUCUCAUGGAUCACGGAACAAAUGCCCUGGACAUACUGUCUGGUCGGGUCUACCCGCUCAAGCUUGGUUGGAUUGGCGUGGUAAACAGAUCGCAGCAGGAUAUUCAGGGCAACAAGCCCAUGGAAGAGGCCUUGAAGUCCGAGUCCGAGUUCUUCAGGCAUCAUCCCGCGUAUCGAAACAUCUCCACCCGUUGCGGAACUCAGUUCCUCGCCAGGACCCUCAACACCACCUUGAUGGCUCACAUUCGCGAACGCUUGCCAGACAUCAAGGCUCGUCUUAAUACCUUGAUGGGUCAAACCCAGCAGGAACUGGCAAGCUACGGGGACAUGCACUUCAGUGGCAAGGAGCACCGAGGUUCUCUUAUUCUGCAGCUCAUGACCAGGUUUGCGUCAUCUUUCAUCGCGUCCAUUGACGGUACCUCAACGGAAAUCUCGACAAAAGAGCUCUGCGGCGGUGCUCGCAUCUACUACAUUUUCAACUCGGUCUUUGGAAGCUCUCUGGAAUCGAUCGACCCCACUUCCAAUUUAACCGCGCUCGAUAUCCGGACCGCGAUUCGCAACUCGACUGGUCCCCGGCCUAGUUUGUUUGUGCCUGAGAUGGCCUUCGAUCUCCUUGUCAAGCCCCAGAUCAAGCUUCUUGAGCCACCCAGUCAGCGCUGCGUAGAGUUGGUAUAUGAGGAGCUCAUCAAGAUCUGCCACACUUGUGGCUCGACUGAGCUAUCGAGGUUUCCCAGGCUGCAAGCCAAGCUCAUCGAAGUUGUUUCUGACUUGCUUAGGGAACGGUUGGGUCCCGCGUCCAACUAUGUCGAGUCGCUAAUUUCCAUCCAGAGGGCUUACAUCAACACUAACCACCCCAACUUCCUCGGUGCGGCUGCAGCAAUGAGCCACGUUGUGAGCAAUAAGCAGGAGAGAGAGAGGAAACGUCUGAUUCAAGAGGAGCGCGAAAGACGUGAACGGAGACGGCUGAAGGAGCUUGGCACGAAUGCCACCGAGACCCCUAUUGAAGGGGAAGAAGAAAGUACUACCCUGGAGAAGACGGACAACGUCCACGUGCGCAAAACCGCUGGAAAGGGUGCCCGCAGCAUGUCUCCGGCUGUCCGGGAGAACGGCCCCGGCAGCAUUGCAAGCGCUUUGAACGGAGCCAGAUCGAAUUCUCCUUCUCGCUUCAACGGAGGGCAAGGCGUGGGUAAUGCCAAGGAGUCCUUUCUGAACUAUUUUUUUGGCAAAGACGGAGCCAUUGUUCCCGGUCCUUCAAACAGCGGCAACAUUGGACGCCAUGUCAACCAGGCCAUGGAGCCUACAUUUAGCCAAAGCAUGAGACGCCCAGACGACAGACAGGUGCGAGCGCCUGCUCAGUCGAUGAAAGUGGAUGAUGACAUGGACUAUGUCGGCAAUGCGAAGGGCACUGAGCUUAGCAAUGACGGCGAGCCGGCCAUGACAGAUCGCGAGGCGAUGGAAGCCGAGCUGAUCCGGGCUUUGAUUAGCUCCUACUUCAACAUUGUGCGCGAAAGCAUCGCAGAUCAGGUGCCCAAGGCGAUCAUGCAUUUACUAGUCAACCACUGCAAGGAUGUUGUUCAAAACCGCCUUGUUAGCGAACUCUACAAGGAGACGCUGUUUGAGGAGCUGCUUUAUGAGGAUGAUGCAGUGAAAAAGGAGCGGGAGAAGUGCGAAAAGUUGCUCCAGACAUAUCGGGAGGCGGCUAAGAUCAUUGGUGAGGUUGUAUAAGGCUGGGCUCUACCUUUCCUCAGGCUACACCUACAGAUCUUGCGAGGCCGACUCUGGUAGCAGCAGUACGACUGAUGUAUGUAUUAUGAACCGAUCAGACUUAGAAAGGGGUUAUGGCAGUUUCUCAAUGGAGGCACUUGUGGCUUGUGUGUUUUUUUGUUUCACGACUUUUGAUAAGAGUAGCCACCUGCUGGCUAGCUGCAGGAAUAGAAAAUACGUGUCUCUGGAAGAAAUGUGCACUACUUAGAUAAUGGUGCUCACCGCU